GAGUCCAGGUCUAUCAAUAAGGCGAAUAUCAAUCCUUCCAUAAUAUUGCUUCAAGUACUAUUGACUAUAUUCCUUCCAAAAUUAACAAAUAAACAAAUCAGUCAAAAUGGCCACCCCUCUCACAACCACCUCUUUGAAAGAAAUCGCCAAGUCGAUAUACCCAUCCAUAACCAACAAACCACGCCCAGAAUCCCUCGUGGACCUCCCGAUCGUGCAGAAAUACCUAUCUCCUGACUUUCGAAUUUACCAUGACUCCAAACCAUUUGGCGACGGAGGUGGCCGCGACGCCUUUCUCAAUCUAUGGAGCAAAUUCCUCACUGCCGUACCGGACCUGCAUAUGGAGAUAGUGGACGCGAUUGCGGAAGUCGACGAUGCUGAGAGGGGAAAUGGGAGGGUUUGGCUGUACUCCAGGAUAACAGGAUUUCCAGAUGGGAAAGAGAAAGAAGGUGUUGAUAUGAUGACUUUUGAGAAUGGCGUUUUUGUGGAGAGCCGUGACGUGCAGAGAAUUCUGUGAUGUGUCUUGCUUGACGAGAGGGAGAUACAUUGACAGCCGAAUACAUUCUGACGGCUUAAUUAUACCGGGUCGCGGUAUCAUAUUUCGGUGAUGAUUGGAAGGCUCAGUGAUUUCUUAGAGAUCAAUUGAUAGUUUACAACAGAGUCGAAUAUUUCCGAAAAUAUCAUGGUCAUUAAGCAUAUAGUACAC